CUGACCGUCCUGCUCCGGUGGAGACAACAUGAGGGAGACACCGACCGCACCGAGAGCAACCGACUGAACGCCGGCUCCUGAGGUCCUUCACCGGGGAACAGGCAGGAACUGGAUAUAAAGGGCGAAGACAUCAUUUUGCACCAGCAAACUGAAACAAGCGGUGACAGAACGUGCUGCUGGUGAAGUUUCAGCUUCAUCGUUUGUUUUAAACAGCUGAAACUUUAUUCCCCUCUCUGGAUGUGGACAUGUCAGCGGCGGCCGGUGUUUGGUGCUGCGGAGCCGAGCUGCUGCUCGUCCCUCAUUAGCCUCGGUCAGAGUCUGGUCAUCCCAACGGAGCCGAGUGAGGAAACUCCACCGACCUCCAUGGAGGGGUCACCGCGCCUCUGACUCGAACCCAGGAAUGGAGCGCUCCUCCGGGACACAAGUGCACUGCUGAAGACCGCUGCAGCUCUCCCGUUAGCGAAUAGUUCAAAGUAGUACUUGUACCUUUAAAACGUGUGAGACUGCCAUUAAAAGUCGGUAAAGACAUUAUUACACCAUGUCCCCCCCCUCGCGGGCCCGCUGCCCCUGGUUGCUCUGGAGACGGACCCUGCUCGCGCUGUGGCUGUGCGCGCUCGGGGCGCGUGCAGCGGAGGAGGGCGCCUUCAACGCGGAGUCAUGGCUGAGGAUGUAUGGUUACCUGCCCCAGGCCAGCAGACAGAUGUCGACCAUGCGAUCGGCUCAGAUCCUGUCCAACUCCAUCAGCGAUAUGCAGCGGUUCUACGGCCUGGAGGUCACCGGACAGAUGGACCCUCAAACCAUCAGUGCCAUGAAGAGACCCCGCUGUGGUGUGCCUGACAAGUUUGGAGGCCAGAUCAAAACCAAUGUGAGGCGGAAGCGCUACGCCCUCACCGGACAUAAAUGGAACAAGAACCACCUCACAUACAGCAUCCAGAACUACACUCCCAAGAUCGGAGAGUAUAACUCAUACGAAGCCAUCCGGCGGGCCUUUAAAGUCUGGCAGAGGGUCACUCCAUUGACCUUCGACGAAAUCCCUUACCAGGAGAUCAAAUAUGGACGACGCAAGGAGCCCGACAUCAUGAUCUUCUUUGCUUCAGGUUUUCAUGGAGACAGCUCUCCUUUUGAUGGAGAGGGAGGAUUCCUCGCCCACGCCUACUUCCCUGGACCUGGAAUGGGCGGGGACACGCACUUUGAUUCCGAUGAGCCGUGGACCAUAGGAAACCAGAACAUACAAGGUAAUGACCUCUUCCUGGUCGCAGUCCACGAGCUGGGUCACGCCCUGGGUUUAGAGCACUCCAACAACCCACUGGCCAUCAUGGCUCCCUUCUACCAAUGGAUGGAGACUGAGAACUUCCAGCUGCCUGAGGACGACAGGAGGGGCAUACAGCAGAUCUACGGUCACUCCGACAGUGGGCCCACCCAGGCCCUGCCCACAGUGACGCCACGCCGCCCAGAACCUCGGCCACCUCAAACACCACCUCGACAUCCUGACCGUCCCAGAACCACUGAAAGACCAGAUCACUAUGGACCCAAUAUCUGUGAGGGGAACUUUGACACAGUCGCCAUGCUCCGAGGAGAGAUGUUUGUUUUCAAGGGCCUCUGGUUCUGGCGGGUGCGUCGGAACAGGGUACUGGAUAACUACCCCAUGCCCAUCAGUCACUUCUGGCGGGGUCUGCCUGGAGAUAUCGAUGCAGCCUAUGAAAGACACGACGGCAGGUUCGUCUUCUUUAAAGGAAACAGAUUCUGGCUUUUCAGGGAGGCUAACCUGGAACCCGGCUAUCCACUGGAGCUGACUGAUUAUGGUCAGGAUAUUCCCUACGACCGAAUAGACACGGCCAUCUGGUGGGAGCCGUCCGGCUUCACUUACUUCUUUCAAGGAGACUGGUACUGGCGUUUCAAUGAGCAGUCGCGCUCAGCUGACAGAGGCUACCCGAAACCAAUCAGCGUCUGGGGAUCGUCAGUGCCCUCUGCUCCCAAGGGGGCUUUCCUCAGCGAUGACGGAGCCUACACUUUCUUCUACAAGGGUUCCAAGUACUGGAAGUUUGACAACCACCGCAUGAAGAGCGAACCAGGCUACCCCAAGUCCAUACUAAGAGACUUCAUGGGCUGCAGUGUAGACCUGGACCCGGACAGAGACACGGACACAGACUCAGGGCGUAAAGUCCCAGAUGUGAACCGUCCGCCGUUCAACCCAGACGCAGGACGUGAAGGUGACAAGGGAAAAGAACGGGACGGAACGGAUCAAGGUGGUACAGACAAAGACACGGGCAAAGGAUCAGACAGUGACAAAGACGAGGACUACCGUGAGGGUCGGGAGGAGGGCACCAACGAGGUUGACGUGGUGCUGAAGGUGGACGACAGCGAGGAGCGGACCAUGAACAUCCUGAUGGUAACCAUCCCACUGGUCCUGGUGCUGUGCAUCCUGGGACUGAUCUACGCCAUCAUCAACACGCUGCAGAGCAAAGGGGCGCCGCGGCUUCUGGUGCACUGUAAGCGCUCACUGCAGGACUGGGUGUGACCCUGGACAUUAGGGGGACACUGAACUUUGAACUUGAAUCGGACCUUAGACACCCGCCUCGUCUAAUCCCAACCCCUCCAUCUCUGUGCUCAGUGGCUCCUGAAACUCUUAAUACUUGUGGUAGUAGAUCCAUACACACACAAACUAGAAUCAAGCAUAAAUUAUGUCUUACAUAUACACACACACACACACAUCAUCCUAACCUCCUCUUGUCUCCCAUGGUGCUCUACAAUGCGUUGACUGUAGUCUAUUUAUAUGAGAGAAGUUUGCACAUUGUUUUUUUUGUUUUGUUAUUUUUGUCUGGAUUCAUUUUGUGUGACUUUUUGUUAUUAUUAUUUUUAUUUCUAAACCAGGAAGGCCGCUCUGUUCGCUCUUCCUCCCCCUUUCCCUAAUCUCAGUGGGGGCUUUUUCCUCUCUGAUAACUUGACAUCUGUGUAUGCUAUCAGUCUUGCCACAAAAGAAAGACACAUGUAAAAGGCUCGAACAGACGGGUCACUAAACGUCCACGUGAGGUUUAGCUGUGUUCCUUCCUCCUUUCAUCAUCAUCUUCUCCACCCUGCUCCAUCUCCUCGCUUGUUUCUGCAGUAGAGCACAGUCUUCCUGAGUGGGAGAGCUGAGAUAGAAAGCAGCAGGGUUUGGUCACAGCAGACAUUUCACUAUAGUUUUGACGUGGUUGUUAGUCUGAAGGUUGAAUCUGGAGUUCUGCUUGUUGUUCACACAGACCCAUCUCUCUUCAUUUUGAUCUCAGGUACAAACUUGUAGAGUUCAUGACGGCAUCUUGCACUGUUGUGUUGUACUGAGCCGUAAAAUGUUGACGAAUCAUUUUUCAUGAUGUUUAAAUGCAGCCUCAUAAACUCUGGAGCGAAUCAAACAAACACCAAGUGAUCUUCAUGUACUGAUCAAGUCCUAAUAACUUGUGAUGAGUGUUAGUGUUUAUUAGUUAAAUUGAAUCAACCACUGGCUCUUGAGAGCUGGGGGUGGGAGGCGGUGAAAGAAGCGGCUGCAGGUGCAGCCUGAUUGACACUUUCCUCAGCAAUUCACAUUCUCACCGCCCUUGCCAAAGUGCAGACAUAGGCAAUUGCCUAGUUUGCCUAUAUGGACACACCGGCUUUAUUCACAUCGGCUCCUCCAGGCAGAGAAAGUCAGCAGAAAUUCCGGAGGGUCUCACUCGGACAUUUGCGUUCACACACACAGCCCCUCCAGAGAAACUCCUAAGUGUCUCCAGAGUUUAGUACAUGUGUGAAAGCAGCUUAAAUGCCUCCAGGUCCAUAUUUUUUACCAUGAUCACACCUAGUUAAAUGCUGAGAUCUGUGACUUGGGCAUGCAGCAUUAUUGCCAAAAGGAAUUCAAACACUUAACACACUAAUUACUUACUAAAUAAUUCACUAAAUAAUCACUAUCCACAGUCAUCUUUAUAAGUCCAAUAUGAUAAAAAAGACAUGAUGGCUAAAUCUACAAAAAUAUAUUCCAAACUGUAACACACCAUAAUUAUCUUUUGAAGUCAGACUACUUGUGCCUUGUUUUCCUUCUUUAUCUUGUGCCCACACAGUUGGACAAUAGGUAUACCUCUUUUCCUCUCCUUACUUGGAAACCAUUAAAAGACCUCUUUGGCUGAAAAGGUAAACAGACGUUUGAGGGUAACCUCUUCCUUUAGCUUUCAUUUAUGUGGCUAAUUCUCAUAGAGCCUCUUCUCUGUCAACAAUGAGACUCCAGAGGAGACAGACUAAUGGUUAAUUUAAAGUCAGCUCACUAUGAAAUAACACAGGAGAGGCAGCAUUUAUUGCAUCUCUGUGUGUGUGACAAAAAAAGAGACAAAGCAAAGCCACAGCUUUUAAUUUCAGAGCAGGAUGUUGCACCACAAAACAACCCAGCAGUCACAGGGUGCAGCUAAUGUACCGAGGACUUAAUAACAGCCUUUUUACUGCUCGUGCUUUUUAAAAAGGAAGAAACCUCCCUGACAACCUGUGGUCUUUUUGUUAUAAAGAUAGCGAAGCUGUGAGCACUGGGGUGGGCUCGGGCCAUGCAGGCUCAUGUGAUCACAGACUAAUCCUCUUCAUUAAAAAACAGCAGGUGUGUGCAAAUGCUGUUCACCCCCGCGACCCCUAAACUAAACCUUGAACUUCGAAAAUGAAAACACUACCCACUCCCGUUUCAUCUCCCACGAACAGAGAUAGGAUGAAGGGGGGUGUGUGCGCAGGAAAAAUGGUAUUAUGUUUUUUAACAUUUAGCUACUUAAAUACACAUGUUUGCCAAUACUUUAAAAUACACGCCAUAGAGUUUUUCGUGUUUAUUCUUUACUGUUUUUGGCAUCCUUUGGUUUCCAUUCAUUUAUAUAAGAUAUGAAAGUCACAAAAGAUAAUUAUGGAUUCAAAAUCUGCCUAUAGAUUUUCAUGCUGUGACAAAAUAAAUGGAAACCAAUUGCUGCCAUAAAAACACUUAAAAAAAGACAUACUUUGCAAAAUGAUUGGUGUAAAUUGUCACUGAAGGUUUUUAAACAGCAGGGCCAAUACCUGCAAAACCAGUGGUGUUGUCGUGUAAAAGUUUGUCCUUGAAGACUAUUGUUUUUCUUAAAAGAAGAAAAACAAUAUUCAUCAAUGGCAAACUAAGAUAUUUCCUGAGCUCAUUAUGGAUACAUUUUCAAGAAUUUCUUUUGCCAGGUACUUGUGAAUAUUUCAAGUUUUUAAAUGAUAAGACAAGGAUUUUUCAUCCUUGUGGGAGACUUGAGAGAGUGACUUCAAAUAGGAAUGGGAAGAAGGCUUAUCUGAGGCAGCAUUAGGUAAGCUGCCACCCUGACCAGAGGGGGCUCAGCUCCCCCGGCUCAGGUUACACAGAUGUGGACGGGGAGGGCGAGGAGAGGCCAAAUUUCCUGCAGCUGAGACAAGGGAAGGGGGGAUGGGGGAUGGGGGAUGGGGGAGGGAGGCUGACCUCCUCUCCCUGAGCUUGCAAAGUUUGGAUUUCAGGAACAAGAAGGGGUGGGGGGGCAGAGAAAGAGAGAGGACUCUGAUGGCUCUAUCCCACUGGCAACAGCCCAUGUGACCCAAAUUCUCUUUGCUGGCUCAACAACAGUGCUGGUCAGAGAGGAAACUUCAGCUUACAGUAGGAGACAGACCCUUUUGAGGAAUGUGCGCUGUAAGUGCUUUGCUUGUAGUUGUCAGUGUGCCCCGUUACAUUUUUUGACUUUUUAAAACAAACCGGCCCUUGCGUUCUUAAACCUGCCUUUGUGGUAGUGAAGCGGUUUUCCGAUUUAACCUCUGGAGCCCAGACACGUUCACGAUAGCAACAAAGCCUCUGGAGGAUUUCGGUGAGGGGUGGUGCAGAGGCAGGACGUAACGCAUUCACCCUGCUGCAGAGAUCAUGUGUUUUUGUUUGCAGCACAUCAUCACCAGUGUCAACUCUUGUCACCAAAAGCUCUGUUGUCUUCUACGUGCAUGGCUCCGUCCGUAGAUAUUUUGGCCUUGUGUGCUUUGGUUUGUACCGGACCGAGAUCGUCACCACAACUUGACAAACGACGCGUUUGAGUAGAGUAGAGUCUCCUGACCCAUCUGCACAAAGCAUCUCAAGACCCCUCACCCCCGGCCAUAUCACUGCAACAGCCCUUGGUACAGGAUUGAUUUUUUCCGGUUGUAAAAUUUAAAGACUUACCUUUCAAAGGAGAGCAGGGUUAUGACUGCAAUGAAAAAAGGUUAAAGAGCAGUCAUCUUCUUUUUUUUUUUUUACUUCAGGUACAUUAUUUUCAGUCCUGUGUCCAAAUGUGAGCUGGAACUCUCAAGCACUAGCAUUUGGGCUUCUUCUGUUUUGUGCAGCUUUUAUGUGGACGUACCCAGCAGAUGCGUGACCCCGCUGCUGUGUUCGGCCUCCAGUGAUGUGAGGACAGGUUGAGGUGAGGUACCUCAGCAGACAGAGUCACGGUUAAUGGGACACUCGUGCUGAAAGGUGGAAAAAAAGGCAGAGCAAAUGCAGCUUCCACCAGAGGUCUGGAGAUUGAUCUGUGGCCAGUCGAUAGACGUUGCCAGGAAACGGUUUCCUGUGUCCAUCGCUCACCUCCUCAUCAUCAGGGUUGGUGUGGGGGGGCAGUGUCUGGUUGGUUGGCGGACACAGCUAAUCAGUGUUAAAAGCACCCCCUCCCUCCUCUUCUUUCUCCUCCCCCUGCCCUGCUCUUCCCCGAUCCUACAGGCACAUCAAUGAGUGCUUAGACAGUCAAGCGUCUGGACAGGCUCCGAAAAUGCAGACUCAUUGAUAAAAAGUUGUGUAUCGAGUACAGUUUUUAUAUAUAUAAUAUUUCAAUCCUCAUUUUCUCUCCUCUGUAACCUCCAUACAGAAAGCCCACAGGGACAUAACCACUUCAAAGCGAAAGCAACAACUUCAAAGUUGAAUAAGUCGAGAGCACCUGAGUUUUCUUUAGUUAAAAUCACAGUUUCAGCAGUUUGAGAGAUUCUCUGUAAAGGUGACACUGACUGGGAUUGAAUUCAGGACAGUUGAUCGUCUCAGGACAGCGAACAGAGGAGGAAUGUCGAGAGGUUUGGGGAGAAAUCCGUCAGGGUUGAUUGAUGAGUGUGUGUGUGUGUGUGUGUGUGUGAACUUAAUCAGCUCUACAAUAAGCAGGGGCUGUUUUCCGACUGUAAAUUUCCCACACUGUCUCGAUCCCACCCCUCUUCAUACUCAGCCCUGCCCUCUAAGCCCCGAGGGGAUCAUAAUAACAACAAUGGCCUUCUCUCUCUCUCCCUCCCUCUCUUUUCACUCUCUCUUUCUCCUCCCCCCAUUUUCUCUCUCCCCUAUACACACACAAACACAUUAUUCUCUUCCCCAGCCUCACCUUCCUCCCCUCCCCACCCCUCCAUCAGGAAAUGAGUCCAGGCCAAGGUCCAGCCUUACGCAGCAGAGCCUGUUUUUAGAUCCACCUCCUUGUUCAGCAACAUUCAACACUGUGGAGGGCGUCACUUAAGCAAAGACACCAUACCUGUCAGGUGUUGAGUUUGUGGAACAAACACUUGGCACUGGGAGGUCACAUUUAUAUCUAAAGUUGCAAAAGACUUGAGUUGUUCUAUGUUAAUGCCUUGUUUGUUUCGAAGUACGGGGCCUUGAUGCAAAGUUUGGGUAAGGUUAGGAUGUGGCUGAGCUUGUGUGAGCUCUCGUCUCUUUCAAGAUGUGUUUGUGUAAACACUACAUGUUAAGCCUUCCUGAUUCAGCCCUGCUGUUUUGGCUCUGAGCCUGGGAUUUAUACUUUUUUUUAUUUUUUAUUUUGUUAUAUUUUCAUGAACAUCUCUGUUGAAACUGUCACAAUCAUUCAGAAGACUGCUUUGUCUGUGCUCUCCACUCUGUAUUUGUUGUGUUUCAGCUUCCUGCGAUCGCAGUGUAUCCCCACACUGCCUAAUAACCAGAAGGUUCAAACAGCCAUUGCAUCAGCAAUGUCUGAAAUGAUGUCAGGAAAAAACAGAUCAAUAAAUAAAACUGAAAAGAGAAAAAAUCAGUCCAACCUGACAUAGAGUAAGACUGUGAUCUGUUUCAGUUUCACUGGGGAUAGCUCUGUGGCUUCUGAUGGCUCAACCCCUAAAGGAUUGUGGGUUCUCCUUUUUCCCAGACUGCAUCUCACCUUGCCCAUUGAGCCCAUGCACUCUGAAACCACUCAUCUGAAAUCAUCACUCAGCAAACUCAUCCGCUCACCGUGGAACAGGACGGAACAGGAAAGAUGGCUGACAAAUGACUUUCACCGUCCGUGUCGUCGCUUUUUCUAGAGCGAGUGCAGCGGCUCUGAUUGAGCUUCAGACGAGCAUCGAAACUGACGAGCAGCCCACUUAAAGGAAACUGCUUUCAUCCACUAACUGCCGCUACAGUAGAUUUUAUCGGAGCCAGUGGAUUCUGUACUGACCGUCAGUACUUAGCAACUCACACUAGGUCCUCUUGAACUUCUGUCUUCAUUACUACCUGAGUAAUGGUUAAGUGACUUUCUGAACAAAAAAACCUCACCAUCAUCCCUGAUUGGGUUAAAAUGGUGGGAAAAAAAUACAAAAAAGCAGCCAAUCAAAACAUGAGGUUAUUGUUGGUCCUUGAUGAUUUGUCUUAUUUUGAUUUUAAUUUGUGAUCAUUUUAUUUCCUCUUUUUUUGUUAAUAACAUUCCAAUUAGAUUUUUUUGGAUUGGUUGUUAGUGGGUGUUGUUUUUUCUGUAGAAAAUGUAAGAUUUUAUACAUAUGUGUUGUUGUGUGUUCACCUCUAGUUGAGUGUGUUAACAAGCCAUGCUGGACAUGUACACAUUAAAAAUUGCUCUGAAAAUA